AAGUACCUUUGGCGCCCGCUUGGGCCUGCAUUGCUCAUUGUCUGGACCAGUGCACUUUCAAACAGGACCAGUGGAUUUUAUUUAACUGGCCUUUUGGACCAGCUACCAUUUUUUUUAAAAUUCCAUCCCAAGUAGACCGUCGGCAACUAGCGUGCCUCAAUUGGUGGAACAUCCGUCUAGAGUUCAAAGGGUCCCAGUAAAUGCUGAAUGAUGAUGCAGUCACGAGAAAAGCAACAACAACCCUUUUUCAAACCAAUCACUAAUACACCGCCAUCAAGCCAUAUGAGGCAGAAAACAUUCCAAAACCUAUCAACAUUUCAAGUAUCUAGUGCUAAAGAAAAUGAGGCUGUCAAGCAAGACACAAACACUCUACAUGCACUGCAUCAGGAAGCUGACAAAAUCAUGAAAUGGAAAGUUCAAACAGAAAUUGAAAUAAAACAGAAGGAAAAGAACAUACAUGAAGCAACAUGCACCAUUGACAUGCUGCGGAAGGCUAGCCUUGAUCUACAGCUGCAAAAUGAAAAUCUUAGUUUGAAACUCCAAGAAGAAAUUGAAAAUAGGGAGGAGCUUCUGCAGAGAAUAACUUCAACAAGAGACAUCUGCAAUUUGCUGAAAGAUCACAGUGCAAAAACCGAAGAUAGAUUGCUGACAUGUGAAACAGAGAGAACUGAAUUGAAAUAUCAGGAAAAAGAACAUCUGAAACAGUUUGAGGACUUGUCAAAAUCAUUCAGACAGCUUCAGCUGAAUGCAGAGGAGGAUCACAACAAAUUGACUAACCAAUUAACAGUUGAACUUCAAAAUAAACAAGAGCAAGAAAAAGAAUGGAAAGAAAAGAUAACCACAGCAGAAAGUCAGUUGAAAGAACUUCUGAGUAGCUGUGAUGAUAAGGAUAUUGAGAUAAGAGACAUCCGGUCACACCUUUGUAAAAAUGAAGACAAGCUGUAUGAUAUGAAAAAUGCUUGUGAUGAUCUUCAACAAAAGCUGCAGUUGUCUGAAGGGUCCAUUAGUGAGCAUAAAGAUAAACUUCAGGAAACAACAUGCCAGCUGACCAAGAUAAAGGGGCAUUGUACACGGCUUGAACACAGAAUAGCUGAACUGAAUGAAACUUUUAGGAGCCAUCUUCCUGAAGAUGAGUUUCGGGAAGAACAUAAUAUGGACUGUCUUGACAUUGAUCUUUUGGCAUCAUACGUAGAAAAGACACUGAAGAUGGUAUCACAAAAGCAAGACAGAAUUCAAAUUCUCAAAGAAGAGCUUGCAAGGAUGGAGAGUUCUGUCGAAGAAUUGAAAAGUUCUAAAGAUAUGUUAAUAAUGGAAAAGAGCGAAUUUGAAGUUAGGAUUUCUGCACUUGAUGGGGAAAAGGUCAUCUUACUGGCAAAGAUGAAGACUGAAGAAAGUAAGAUCCACGAACUGGAGGCAUCAGUAUCCAGUCUGACCAUCGACUUAGUAGGCAGCAAAGAUGAAAUUAUGACCCAGGAGAUGACCAUAAACAAGCUGGACAGUGAAAUAAAAAGUCUUGCCACAGAUAAAAUGGCUCUGGAAGAAAAUUUGAUGUCCGCACAGCAAGAGAUAAAAAAUUACAUGAAAAGAUAUGAAGAGUCCCAAAAAUCAUUACAAACUAAGUGCGAAGCUGUGCAGUCUUUAUCCAAAGAUUUGCAAGCGUUGACAGAUUCAUUGACAGAGGAAAGGACAAAUCAUGAGGCAACAUCUUCAAAACUAUGCAAGAUGCAAAGUCAGAUGGUAGACACUGAGGAUGAACUGACAUCAAUUGUAGCUGAUACCAAGAGUUUGCAAACAGAAAUUCAGAAAUUGAACAAAAAUGAGAAAAAGCUGCAAGACUCAUUAGAAUCUGCAAAUCAAAUGAUAGAGAGAUUUGAGGAAAAGAUUGCUGAUUUAACAGAAGAAAUGGAAAACAAGAUCAAGGAGAAUGAAGAAUUAAUGGGAGAAAGAGAUGAGCAGGAUAAGAAUAUGAAUGGCGAAAUAGAGACAAAAACAAAAGAGGCAUCUGCACUUGAGGAAAAAAUCAAAACACUUAAAGAAAGUGUGUCCUCUAAAACAAAACAAAUCAAAGAAGUUGAAAAGGAGGUAAGAAGCCUCAAAAGUAAGUUAACAUCCCAGAAUAAGCUCACAGAUAAUAAGGAAAAGGAGAUUUUUAAACUUGAUUCAGCCCUUGAAGAAGCUGAUAAAAAGAAGUCAGAACUUCAAGAACAAAUAGAUAGUCUGAUGUCAGAAGCAUGCUCAGAGAAACAGAAUGCUGAAGCAGCUAAAAAACAGUCAAAAGAUAUGCAAAUAUUGAGUGAGAAUGCAGUGAAAGAAAAGGAGGAAACUGUCAAGAAAUGUGAGGCACAGAUAGCCGAUAUGACCAGCACGUUGGAGAAAUAUCAACAGGAAAAUCACAAACUUGUAGCACAGAAAGACAAAGAAAUAAAAACACUUAAAGCAAAGAUUCACACAGUAGAAAAGGCUGGAAAUAAUUCCCGAACAGAGAUUGAGCAGAAAUUGGAAGAUUUGCAUGUGGAAAUUGAGCAACAAAAAAGGCUUAUGGAAACUUCUGAGGAGGAAAAGAAAUCACUUGAAGAAAGAUGUAAGGAUUACUUCAACAACCUGACAGGUCUUGAAGAAACCAUAUCAAGAAAGGAAGAGAAGAUUUCAGAGCUUGCAGAUCUGGUUGCUAGUCAGAAAAAGGUCCUCAAAACCUCUACAACACAGACUGAUCCAGUAAAGGAAAAGGUAGCACCAAGUCCUAAAUCCAGAAAGGAACAAACCCCUCAAGUACCACAGACUCCACAACAUGGAAGACAAGGAACUGUUAAUGGUUAUAGAACAAGCACUCCUCAAGCUUACACUGCAGCCACACCUAAAACCACAACUCCUCGACUGACAGAGACAGCAUACACACCUGUCUCUGCUCAGAGAACGCCAAAACCUACCCCCAAAACCCCACAAGGGACCUUUACCAUGAAAACUCCACAGAGAAGUAUAUUGAAACAUGACUGUAUUGAUUCUGCAGUUAAGAAAAGAAGGGUUGUUUUUGCAUCACCAAAAGAAAGCUCUGAUAGUUCAGAUACAGACUCCUCACAGCUAAUGGAAAUAGAGAUCAAUGAAUUAGAGAACCGUUUGAAGGGAAAGAAAGGCAGUACACCUCUGCUUGUGAAACCAUCUCCAAAGGUACGGGGUAUGGACAUUGAUGACUUUGACAAGGAAAAGCCUGCCUAUUGUACAGGAACUGUCCCACUCAACAGAGUGCCACGAGGAGGGCAAGUAAAGACAAGCAAAAAAGAAAAUGAGAAGAUGUCAAGCUUACAAGAUGCAGAGAUGAAAAAAUUCAAGGAUUUGUUUCCAAAUGAGCACCCUAAAACACCACUACAGAAAUCAUGCAAUGUGCGUAAAACACCAAACAAGCCACCUGGAAAGUUUUUCAAGAACUCACCAAAAGACAGACCAAAGAAAAACAAAAAGACAAAAGGAACGGAGGAGACAUCAUGGUUUGAUUUAGAUUCUGUAUUUGGAUUUGGUCCAGAGGAUUAGUUAAUAGUUUUUGUGAAUUUAAAGAUCCAGUUGUAUGGGAGGAGUUAUGGUUCUUAGUCCAAGAAAAUAACACGGGAUGUGUUCAGUUUGGAAAACGUUUGAGUAAUUAAGACCAAGUUGAACUUCAUACUACUUCUACAUAUUUAUUGUCUUUUGAUCAGCAGUCAGCACAAACAUGCAAAUGCAAUGACAGAUAAAUAUAACAUCUUCCUACUGAAGACAGCCUGGGUUUUAUAGAAAGCAUCCUACAGCAUUAAAAAUUCUAUGUUAGCGAAGCAUUGCCAAAAUAUUUAAAUACUUUUAUGAAUGAACAUUACUGUUGCCAGAAAUUAUCUUACAAGAAUUAGUUGGAGUGAAAAAGUAAGUAAUUAAAGUAUAUCAAAAGCGAUUUAUUUUAUAUACUUCAAUUACUAUAUACUCAAAGGUGCUUUAUCAUCAAAUAUGCUCUGAUUGUUAUUUAUUUAACAUGUUGAUUAAGUAAAAUUUGCCAGUGAACAAAUGUUUUAUUCAAACUUUUGAUGAAUAACUUGUAAUUUUGAAUUAUUGAAUUGUUUGUUAAUAUUUGAAUCGUUUUAUGUGGGGGAAAAAUGUAAAACCAGGUAUGUACAUAAUUUUUAUGAUUGGUGAUUCUUUAACUGCACUUGUGCAUUAGAGAUGUUUGUUAAGGAUUGUGAUAUUGUUAUCAGACAAAGAUUAUUUUAAUAUCUGAUCUGAGAUUGUUACGUAUUAUUUGAAUACCUUCUGCUGGAUAAAAUUAGUUUCAACUUCAAACAAAUAUGUUGUUUUACACACUUAUCAUAUGGAAUUUAUUAUAUAUCAAGUGAUGUGAUAUUUUAUUAUUCUGUGUCAAUGUAUCAGUCAAAAUUAUAAAAGAAUCUUAUUGUUGAAAAUUGUAUUGAAGUUGUAUCAUCAAAAACUUUUCUGUUGUAAUAAAAUAAACA